AAGGAGGGUGGGUGGUUAACUAACUAACCAGAGAAGUUAACGGUUAGAAGUCAGUUAAGAGUUAGUUGUAAAGCUAGUUAGCGUACAAAUCAAAACGUCGCUAUAUAAUGAUCUAUACGACUAUACGAGUAUCAAAAAUUCACAGUAACAUUCUAGCUAUAGUAGCAUUUUGAGCAAAUACCAUUGUUAUUGAGAAAUGGAAACUCUGUGUCGAGCAAUAAGCAUUGAGGAGUCAUCGAUGCCAUGGUAUGGAAAUGUUGACAUAGCAAUAGAUGAUAAACAAUAUGUACUUGACAUGCAAAAAAUACUACGUCUACCGCCACUGCAUUUUCCACGUCAACGACCACAGCCACCACCACCACCGCCACCACGCUCACCUCCACCACCACCGCCUAACUCUCCUCCUGAUCGAAGAGGAAAAAAAGAACCUCAUGAAGUGAAGAAAGAACCUCAACCACCGUUUAAAUCUCCUCCUGAAGUUGUACAAAUCGAUUUACUUCCCUUCAAAACACUCCUCAUCGGUCUUGGUGUUUUCGUUGGAAUCGCACUUGCUAUUGGCCAAGUUAUGCUCAAGAACAAGUGACAUGGCGAGUGAAGCGCGCGGAAGUAACAAGUGACAUGGCCAAGUUUUUUCAUUUUAGUUGUUUUGGAUAUUCAAGUUUCUUGAUUAUGUGAAUAUAGACAUAUAUAGAUAGUUUCUUUUUACGCAAUAUGACAUACAUAGAUUGAAGAGGUGUUGUACACAGUAUGGUUGCUGACAGUAGUCAUAUGGCAUAAUAACAUCUUUUGAUAUAUAAAUAAGUGU